AUAACCGAACGGAAUACGUUAGUAGAGAAUCAGUCUGAUUAUGCUUCUUCGUAAUAUGUCUCGUGGUAGCAGGGUCCGGAUCAGUUACAAACUGGACGCUGAUCCAUUGAGAUCUCAUUUCUAAUUUGUACCAGUAAUCGAUCCCGGGCCGAUUUCUAAACUCUACAUUCGGAUUUUCACAGUAUGGUUUUCGGUUUUAGUCAAUCGUCACUAACCGGCAUUUUGUGGCUACAAUGGAUCGGAGGUCUUGCAGCUAUGACAAUGAUGUUCGUGAUUGGCUUGACAAUCGGUUGGGCCUCACCGUACCUAGCUCAAUUUUCAUCCGGCGAGUCGCCAUUUCCCGCCUCUGCAGUCGAGUGCUCUUGGAUCGUGUUGAUUUAUCAAUUGGGACGUCCGCUAGGAGCGGUCCUCGGCUUUCUUUGUAACCAAUACUUCGGCGGUAAGACGACGAUGAUCAGCACUGGCUGUGGACUGCUCUUCUCCUGGAUCCUCAUAAUCGCAGCGAAUUCUGUGACCUGGAUUUACGUAGCCAGGUUCAUUUCUGGGGCAGGAGCCGAGUUGGUUGGCAUCAGCUUUCCGCUUUAUCUCGGUGAAAUUUCGAGUCCAAAUUUGAGAGGUACUAUGAUAGCCAUGACGACGAAUGGUUUAACAUUGGGACUUCUUGCCGGUAAUACAAUGGGCGCCAACGUAUCGAUGAGAAUCUUUUCAUGUAUUAGUCUCGUACCAACCGCCGUUUUCACUAUCACUUUCGCAUUGUUACCUCAAUCUCCAUAUCAUCUCAUGAGCAGAAACAAAGUGAUGGACGCGGAGAAGGCCAUACUGAAAUACAACCCAAAAGCAGAUAUCUCAGUCGAGGUGGAUUCUAUUAAGCGAUUCGUCGCCUCGUCAAAUAAAGCGACUUUUUUCAGUCGUCUCCGAGAGUUCAAUAUUCUUCGGAACAAGAAAUCUGGAUUGAUGAUAAUAGCAUUGAACUUCUUCGCUCAAUCCUCUGGGGUGAACAUUUUCACGGCUUACUCGGAGAUCAUCGUGACGAGAGGCAUGGUCACCGUCAUUUCACCUGCCACCAUGGUAAUUAUAACGACCGGAGUCGGAGUUCUCGCUGGAUUUUCAAUGAUGAAUUUCUCCGACAAAUUUGGACGGAGAACGAUAUGGGUCUCCUCAAGCUGUGGACUUUUUGUAUCCAUGGCGGUGCUGGGAGCUCACUUUUACCUUCUAACUGAUGGGUUCGAUUCACGCUCUUUACAAUGGUUACCGAUAUUCUCCAUGAAGUUGUUUGCGGUUUGCUACAACUUGGGACUUCUUAGCAUUCCGCAUAUUCUGGUCGGUGAGCUUUUUGUAGCGAACAUUCGAGGUCUAGCUGCUCUAAUAUCUUGUUUAUCUGCGGCUAUUUUUGGUUUUGUUUCAAUCGAAAUGUACCAGCUGCUCUCAGAUUUCGUCGACGAAGGUUACGUUUACUGGAUAUAUGCAAUCUUGAUGCUCGUAUCUACUAUUUUUGGUAUGUUGGUAAUACCAGACACGAAACGGAUGACGCUAAUAGAAAUUCAAAAUAGUAUGAUGAAGAAGUGACAUCUUUAAGCAUUUCAAUCAUAUUGUGGCAAUCGAGAGUAUAUCUACGUUUUGUGAUUCAACAUCUAACGGUUAUAUUGGGUUUUGGCAACAGAACUUACACAACGGUCCAAUGAGGUAGACAGUGCGCGUAGAUAAGGAGAGUUGCAAUCAGUUUACCUAUCUUAACUUAUAGAGAGAUUGUCAAGACAAACAUCCCAUUACUUUGGUUGAAGAGCUACAAAUUUACGUGAAAAAAAUUAGAAUUACAUCAUAGGGCCAGAAAAACAAUCUAUGUGUCACAAUCACGGUUUAAAAUUGCUACUAGCUGGACCAUUGAUUUCGCCUGUUUAUCGAAUACUACAAACAUGCUGUUAUUGAAUGGAAAAUUAAUUCAUGAUAAAUUGCGUAUAAUGUAGUUCAAUUUUGUCUGCCGCCACAUAAUUCAGUACACAUCUAAUGUUUCGUACAUUAAAAAAAAAAGUUUUCCAGUGAAUAAAAUUCUCAUAAUCAGUGGUAAGACACGACUUAUGAUGUGUUUGCAAUGAAAGAAUGAG